AUGCAACAGCCAUCUGGUUUUACAAAUUCCAAACAGCCACGUCAUGUUUGUCGCUUGUUGAAAUCUUUAUAUGGCCUCAAACAGGGUCCUCGAGCAUGGAAUGAAAGAUUCACCACUCAUCUUCUCACACUGGGGAACAAUUUGCUUUUGAUUCAGCAAACUAUUACAGCUCUUGGUUCUAAAGCUGGCAUGACACACUGCAAGCCCUGUCCUACUCCUUGCUUACCUACUACAAAAUUACUCAAGUUUGAUGGUGUUCCUCUCUCGGAUCCUACUCUUUAUCGAAGUCUGGCCUAUUCUGAUGCUGACUGGGCCGAUGAUGUGAAUGAUAGGCGUUCCACGACUGGAUAUGUUAUUUUUCUGGGCAAUAAUCCCAUCUUUUGGUGUGCUAAGAAACAAAGCACCGUAUCUCGUUCUUCAACAAAAGCAGAAUAUAGAGCUCUUGCGAUUACUCUCUCACGCACGAAGCACAUUGAAAUUGACUUUCACUUUAUUCGUGAACGCGUCACUCGUGGUGAUGUGGUGGUUUCUCAUAUUCCAAGCAGCAAUCAAGUUGUGGAUAUCUUUACUAAGGGCUUACACACUUCUCAAUUCUCUUAUCUUCGUGACAACCUAAUGCUGAGUUCUCCUAGCAUUAGCUUGCGGGGGGAUGUUAGCCUACACCUCAGACCACCUGAUUAA